AUGCCUCCUAAAGAACCUCCUAAAAAGUGGAAAGCACCAAAGGGUCCCAAGCCUAUCCAGCGUAAGAACAAAAAUACGAUUGGGCUUGGAAGGGCUAUCAGAACUGCGCGUCAAAAGGAAAAUGAAGUUCAAAUCUUGCCCGAUGGCGAAAUGCGUUUCACUACCGAUAAACACGAAGCAAAUUGGGUCAAACUUAGAUCUGUGACACAAGAAUCGGCACUGGACGAGUUUCUGAAUACCGCAGAACUGGCUGACAAAGACUUUGCAGCGGACAGACACUCAAAUGUCAAAAUUAUUCGUAUGGACGCUGGCAGUGAUGCAAGAUCGCAAGGCGUAACUCUUUCAAACGCUCAGAAACAACAACUUAACGAAAAGCAAAGAAGCCAAGCACGUAACCUAAUUGUUCCUAGAAGACCAGCAUGGAAUGAAAGUAUGACGAGGUUCCAACUCGAGAGACAAGAGAAAGACGCAUUCUUAGAGUGGAGACGUAAACUAGCGACUCUGCAAGAAAGCAAUGAGGACCUGUUGCUAACACCCUUUGAAAGAAAUAUUGAAGUCUGGAGACAAUUGUGGAGAGUUAUUGAGAGAUCAGAUCUUGUUGUUCAGAUUGUGGAUGCCCGUGAUCCACUCUUGUUCAGAUCUGUGGACCUUGAGUUAUACGUUAAGGAGCUAAACGAAGGAAAGCAAAACCUGCUUUUGGUUAACAAGGCCGAUUUGUUGACCAGAAAGCAGAGGAUUAUAUGGGCGAAAUAUUUCAUAUCCAGAAACAUUUCAUUCACAUUCUUUUCCGCGGCUAGGGCCAACGAAAUUCUUGAGAAGCAGAACGAGCUCGGCGAGGAUUACGUUCACAAAGAAAUUGAGGAAGAGGAAAUCUCAGAGAUUGAUGGCGAAAAGGUCGAUCAGGAAGUUCUAGAUAAAAUUCAAAUUCUGAAAAUUGAUCAAUUGGAAGAGUUGUUCCUAUCAAAGGCACCUAACCAUCCACUUAUUUCGCCUCUUCCAGGCCAGGAACCGCUCAUUCAAAUUGGUUUAGUCGGUUACCCAAAUGUCGGUAAAUCAUCUACAAUUAAUGCAUUGGUUGGCUCCAAGAAAGUAUCAGUCUCCUCGACGCCCGGUAAAACUAAGCACUUUCAAACCAUAAAGCUGUCCGAGCGUGUAAUGCUGUGUGACUGUCCCGGUUUGGUUUUCCCAAAUUUUGCCUACAACAAGGGCGAAUUGGUGUGCAAUGGUGUUUUGCCCAUUGAUCAGCUAAGAGACUACAUUGGGCCUUGUAGCCUGGUAGCGGAAAGAGUCCCCAAGUACUUCCUAGAAGCCAUUUAUGGUAUUCACAUACAAACGAAGUCUGCGGACGAAGGCGGAACUGGGAAACCCACUGCUCAGGAGCUUUUGGUUUCCUAUGCCAGAGCUCGUGGUUAUAUGACUCAGGGCUUUGGUGCGGCAGAUGAAUCUAGGGCCAGUAGAUACAUCCUUAAAGACUAUGUCAACGGUAAGCUGUUGUACAUAAACCCUCCUCCCCAUCUAGAAGAUGAUACUCCUUACACGAGAGAAGAAUGCGAAGAGUUCAACGAAGACAUCUACACAUUCGACAAACUACCUCAAACAAGACAAGAACAAUUAGCGGAUGCCGUAAAGUCGAAAAAUUUAGAAGAUUUCGACCUGGCUCGUGACUUAGGUAAACUGACCUUCUCUGCACACAUCGGUAAAGAAGGUGACUCAAAAGAGGCUAGGUCCGUGAACCAUGGUGGUAAGCAAGCGGCAUUGUACAACGCUGCCGAAGACUUAGAUAACGAGUUCUUCAAGAUGAGCAGUGUCAAAGGGCAGCUUACAAACCCAUUCCACAAGACUCAGGCUGAGUCGAGCGGUGGCAAAAAACACAACAAAAAAAACAAGAAGGGUAAGACAAGGGCUAAAUUCUCAGAUUAA